AGUCUUAUCCCGGGGCAUCGAGAGCAGCGACCCCUUAGACGCGCCGAGGGCGCUGAGAAAUGUACACCACGAGCGUCUGCAAAAAGAGCUGUUUCUCAAGGACAAGGAUGCGAGACUUCGUAGCGGUGCUCGGGGAAUGCAGGCGAGGAAAGCGUUGAAAGCGAUGGAGAAGAGAGUGGCUGAGUUCCAGGAGCAGCACGAGCAUAUAAACGAGGAUACAUCACCUGAGACACUAGCAAAAGAGACAAACGAUGCAGCAGACUUACUCGCGGACCUCCAGCUCCACGUCGAGCCAUCCAAGCUAGCAGAAACGGAGUCCAAGGCAAAGAAAAUACUCACAGGUCUCGGCUUCACAGAAUCUCGCAUGGCGCAAUCCGUAUCGAGCUUAUCAGGGGGCUGGAAGAUGCGAACAGCGCUAGCGACAGCGCUGCUGCAGGAGACAGACAUCCUGAUCCUCGACGAGCCGACCAACUUCCUCGAUCUUCUUGGCAUCAUCUGGCUGCAGCGGUACCUCACCGCCACGGUGGCCGGGUCUGCUGACGCGCCGACGCUCAUCCUCGUGUCGCACGACCGCGACUUCAUCUCCCUUUGCACGGACCUGCUCAUCCUCAAGGACAAGGGCCUCGAGUACUUCCACGGGGACCUGCGGACGUACUCGUCGUCGCGCGCGGAGAAGAAGGCGUACCUGACCAAGAUGCAGGAGGCGCAGGACAAGCAGCGCGCGCACAUGCAGCAGACGAUCCAGCGCAGCCUGCGCGAGGGCAAGGCGCGGGAUGACCAGAACCGCGUGCGGCAGGCCAAGUCGCGGCAGAAGAAGCUCGACGACCGCAUGGGCCUGCAGGUCAGCGCCCGCGGCGGCCGCUUCAAGCUCAACCGCGACCUCGUCGGCUAUCACCUUUCCAGCCGCGCUGGGAUCGACGUGCCGCAGGACGACGGUGACCUAAAGCCUGUCAGCUUCGCGCUGCCCGAGCCGUCUGAUUUGCGGUUCCCGGGGGCUCUGAUAUCGCUGGAGAAGGUCACGUUUCGGUACGGGAGGGGAGUUAAGACGCCGCCGGUGCUCCGGGAUGUAACCUUGUCACUUAGUAUGGGCGAUAGAAUCGGGAUCCUGGGUCUAAACGGGAGUGGCAAGUCUACCCUGAUCAAGCUGCUCGUCGAAGAGACUAUGCCGACGUCCGGCACCAUGACGAAGCACCCCCGCCUCAAACUCGGAUACUAUUCGCAGCAUGCUGUCGAGGCGUUACAACAGAUAGGCGUCGCAGACCCUGAACUUGCAGCUCUAGGGCUCCUAACACGAGAAGUAGGCUCACAGCUAGACGAGGGCGAGAUUCGCGGAAUGCUGGCUAUGCUGGGGCUUCCAGGGCGCAUCGCAUCCGAUGUCCCCGUUCGCAAGUUAUCCGGCGGACAGCUCGUAAGGUUGGAACUGGCACGGAUAUUAUGGCAGAGGCCGCACUGCCUUGUUCUUGAUGAGGCGACUACACAUCUCGAUUACGAGACUGUAGCCGCACUGCGACAAGCACUGCGAGAUUGGGAGGGCACGGUUGUAAUAGUGAGCCACGAUCGAUGGUUUAUGCGUGGUGUUGUGGAAGGGUUAGACGACGAUGAUGAUAGUGAAGAUGAGGAUGAGGGCGAAGGUGACGCGACAGAUUUGCAGAAGAGGAGAUUAGUGUAUCGGCUUCGGGCGGGUCAAAUGGCAUUACUUCAAGGUGGUGUGCAGGAGUUUGAAGAUGGAGUAGAAAGGAAGGUGAGGAAGAUGAUGGACCUGUAGCCUGUACAUAGUACUGUGUAGCCUGCAGUCUGUGGCUCACUAUUGUUGGCUGUGUGGCUUGAAAGGCGGGUCUAGCAGAGGCGGAGGGUUCAACUCAGGCUUGUGCAAAAUGCCACAUUUUUCGGAUCAUUUUUCAGCGCAUAUCUCGACAACCAGGCAUCGGAUUGAAUUAGAAAAAACGGGAGAAUAAAUAGAAGACUGUAAUUACCAGAAAUAUAAUUGAACGUAGAUAAUUAUUGAAGUUGAAUGUAGUGUAAAACGAAAUAAAAGUGCAAAAAAAUUGUUUGCUUCUCUUUGAUUGAGCGUGUCAUCCUUAGUGCAGGGGCCAUGCUAAUCUUCUCUGUAUCGUUUCAAAUUGACCAAAUGCC